GGGGCACGCCGAGCCGCCUGAGGCUCUCCGUGGCCAUAACGCGGGGGAACCCUGCGGGAGCGUGGAGCCCGCCCCACCGCGCAGGUGAGCGGGGCUCACCGGCUCACCCGCUACCCCCACCCCGGGCUGCCACGCCUUUGUCUCCGGUCUUUGUCUGUCCCGUCCGUGCCCGGGCCGGGGGCCGCUGCUGCCACCAGCACCCUGCGCUCUCACCCACCUCCUCCCUAGCGCCGGGCACCCCCGCACCCCGCUGCCCUGGCAUGCCCGUGCCCCCCCGCUCGCCCGGAGCCCCUCCGCCCCUCCCAGCCCCACCUCCUCCCGCACCAUGCACCCCAGUCCCCCGGGAUUCCCGGCGUCCCCGGUUCCUCUCCACAUUCCCCCACUGCCUUCCCCUGUCUCCUCCUCCUCCUCCUCCCCUCCUCUCGGGUUUGAACACCCCUUGCCCCCCGCAGCCCUCCUCCCGUCCGCCGCUCGCACAGCUCAGCCUGCGCAGCGUGCCGGGCUCCGCCGCACCGGCACCUCCGGGACAGGUGAGACAGAGCACCCAUGAUUAUGGAAACUUCCUCCACCUUCUCUUCUUUGCUUUUCCUGUGCAUGCUGGUUCUUUCUGACAUCAGUCUUGCAGUCUCCCUGAACCCUGGCACACAGCUCAAAAAUGGCCCAGAGAACAACCACCUUCAAAACCAAGAGAUGUGGCUGCAGCAGCCCAGACCUGGGCGCCAUCACAGGCAAGGCUUGGCCAAGAAGGAGAGGGUCCAUGCCACGCCUUCAAGAGGGCAGCUGGCUGGAGAAGACACCCUCAAGAUGGGCAGUGGAGCUUCAGCUGUGGAAGAGCUGGUGGCAGAAGGACAGCCAGCAGCCCUGAAACAGAACAAGGAUGUGUUCCUGGGGUUUGAGUUGGCGUAUCCUGAGAGGGAAAACCAGUCCCCAGGCUCUGAGAAAGGGAAGAAGCAGAACCGAGAGCAUCGUCGCCACAGCCGCAGGGACAGGCUCAAACACCACCGAGGGAAGACUCCUGAUGCUGGGCCAAGCUCCCUGUACAAGAAACCCAAAAGCUUUGAAGAACAGUUUCAAAGUCUUCAGGCAGAGGAAGCUACAAGUCUGGCUCCCACCAUGCUCCUCAUUUCUACAUUGGACACAGCAGUUUCCACAGAAGAGCCUCCUGUUCUUCCAGCCACUUCCCCACGGUCACAGGCUCGCCUCAGGCAAGAUGGGGAUGUGAUGCCCACUUUGGAUAUGGCACUCUUUGACUGGACUGAUUAUGAGGAUCUCAAACCAGAAAUGUGGCCAGCUGCUAAAAAGAAAGAAAAACGCCGCAGUAAGGGCCCGAACAGUGGAAAUGAAACCAUGACAGCUGAAGGAGAGCCAUGUGAUCACCACCUUGACUGCCUCCCAGGCUCUUGCUGUGACUUGCGUGAACACCUCUGCAAACCACACAAUCGAGGCCUUAACAACAAGUGUUAUGAUGACUGUAUGUGCACUGAAGGGCUACGCUGUUACGCCAAAUUCCACCGGAACCGAAGAGUGACCCGGAGGAAAGGGCGCUGUGUGGAGCCUGAGUCAGCCAAUGGAGAGCAGGGAUCUUUCAUUAAUGUUUAGGAGGGUGGGACUCCUGCCUAUAUGGUCAGGAGCUGGGAUCAGACUGUUUAUACCUAGCAAUGGGAAUUAGAGGAAAAAGUUGAGCAAAUGAUGGAAGCUGCAGGCUCUGAACACACCAGGUCCCAGCUAGACUGAAACUCUCAUGUUCAUUAUAAAUACAGUGGCAUCAGCCUUUUCCAUAGCAGGACUACACUCCCUGUCCCUUCCCUCAGCACAUUCCUGCCACUGAAUUGAGUCCCUCUCUCCUAGUUAGUAAGCAAUGAUCAUGACUCCCAUUCUGAUGGUCCUGGCAGGAAAAGGCUCUGCAGUUUCAUCUCCUCCUCUCAAGAGACACAAGAUGUGGAAGAUCCUUCAGGGCAAAGGGGAUAGAAGCUUAAACUUUACCCUUUACUUAUUGCUUGAGAAUAAAGGUAGAUAGAUCCUCCUUAAGGACUGGAAGUUCCUAGAGUAGAGGAAAUAUGUAGUGUCCAGGUGGAAUCAAAGAUGGGAAAUGGAUCAGCAGGAAGCUGCCUGCCUAGGUGAGAGAGGACCCUCUGGCAGACCUCUUGCUCUCUCCCUUUUUCACUGCUCCAGACAUAUUCCCUAGCUGUUACACAAUACCACUUCCUACCUGUCAUCUUUGGGACCAUCUAAUCCCACUCCUUUCUUCCUUUCUUGCUUUCAGAGAACCACCUGGUUUCUGUAAGGAUGUAGCAAGACAUCCCAGCCUGUAGCUCUCACCCAUUUAGCUAUCCUGCCAGGUCUGUUAUUUUUAAUGAUUAUUUUUAGAAGCUUUCUGGGGAAGUGAUAGUUUUCCUAGUGAGCCUGAAAUAAAGUUUUUGGUAACAGGAGAUAGGGACAGGCUGUUCCAUUGUAGUAAAACCUGUGACAUGUUGCAUGUGUUUUCUGUGAUAUGUAAAUAAAGAUAUGAUGGAUA